CCAAUAGGCUUCUUCCUUACUGCCGACUUACUUCCGGCGCUGGAAGUUAACCAAUGAAAAGUCGCCUUCGUUUUCCGGCCGCCUUGGAGCCGCGGCAGUGAUGGCGCCGCCCGUGCGGUACUGCAUCCCCGGCGAGCGUCUGUGUAACCUGGAGGAAGGCAGCCCGGGCAGCGGCACCUACACCCGCCACGGCUACAUCUUCGCGUCGCUGGCCGGCUGUCUGAGCAAGAGCAGCGAGAACGGCGCGCUUCCGGUCGUGUCUGUGAUGCGAGAAACAGAAUCUCAGUUACUGCCGGAUGUGGGAACUAUAGUAACAUGUAAGGUCUCUAGCAUUAAUACACGCUUUGCCAAAGUACACAUCCUGUAUGUGGGGUCAACACCACUGAAGAAUUCGUUUCGAGGAACUAUCCGCAAGGAAGAUGUCCGAGCUACUGAAAAAGAUAAGGUUGAAAUUUACAAGAGUUUCCGCCCAGGCGACAUUGUCUUGGCCAAAGUGAUCUCGCUUGGUGAUGCACAAUCCAACUACCUCCUGACCACAGCCGAAAAUGAGCUCGGAGUCGUGGUGGCCCACAGUGAGGCCGGUGUCCAGAUGGUUCCUAUCAGCUGGUGUGAGAUGCAGUGCCCUAAGACACAUACUAAGGAGUUCCGCAAGGUGGCCCGAGUGCAGCCAGAGUUCUUGCAGACUUAAGAAACCAUUCUGUACCCACGGAGCAGGGAAACUGUUUCCAAGACUACAUGCAUGCAAGUAAAGUCUUGGUGCUGUCAUCCUUAUUCAGACGUAUGGGCUCAGGGCCCCGAACAAGAAUAUAGUGGGUGGGGCUCUUGCCUUGCAUGCAGCCUGCCCAGCAUCCCAUGAGGUCCCCUAAGCACAGCCACGAGUAAUUCGUGAUUACAUAGCCAGAAGUAACCCCUGAGCAUCACUGACUGUGGCCCCAAAACAGACAAAAACCCAGCUCAUGGGUCAGCCGGGCCCACCUCCAGAAAAAUCCACCAGAAGCCUUCUUUGUAGGUGGGCGUUUUUCUUUUGAACAUUUCAGUGAGCUCCAUUCUCUCCCAGGGUGAAUGUCUUUCUCUGAAGAACCAGCAGACAAAUUACAUUCUAUGGGGGAGAGCCUAUUUGUUCUAACAGUCUUGUAAAUAUGUACUCUUUUUUGCUAAAACAAAGAAAACUUUUCUAUUAAAAGUAUGUUAGGCUUCUGUCGUCUUGAGCAGGGACCAGAACCUAAAUGGUGUUCUGACACUCCGAAUAGGGAUUUUACCUGGGGUGCCCAUUAACAGACGUGUUCCAAAGAGCGCUCGCUUGCAGGCCAGAGUCUAGUCUCCACUGUUUUGGAUAUUUGGUGUUGUGUUAUAUGUGUUUCACCUUAACAAGUACUGAUUGUGAGCAGCAGGCUCUGGACCCAGUGCUUGACACAGUCCUUUCGGGAGAUUGCAGUUAAAUGAAAAUUCUAAAACUUAUUACAGUUGAACAUUGAAUUACAGGUCCCGGAGAUAGUGCAGAGGGUAGGGCCUUGAAUUACUGACCUGAAUUCGGUCCCCAGUAUCCCAUCUAGUCCCAAGGCCUGCCAAGAGUGAUUCCCUGAACACUGCUGAGCGUGGCCCAAACCUCUCCCACCCACCCCAAUCAAACGAAUUAACAGAGGUAACGUACUUUCUCAGGUUUCAUCCAAAUGG